AUGGUCCUGAGCGGGGCCCUGUGCUUUUGAAUGAAGGAAGCAGUGCUUAAGGUGCUCUAUUUGCAUGACGACCAGCUUCUGGCCGGAAGGCUGCAGGCAGGGAAGCUCAUGAAAGGCGAGGAGAUCAGGGUUGUCCCCAACCGAUUUCUGGAUGCCAGCCUCUCUGCCGUCAUCCUGGGCGUCCAAGGCUGGAGCCAGUGCUUGUUAUGUGGCACGGGGCAGGAGCCCACUCUGAAGCUGGAGCUGGUAGAUACCAUGCAGCUCUACCACAGCCCUGAGGUGGCCAAGCCCUUCACCUUCUGCCGCUGGGACAUGGGGGUCACUGCCAGCUUCGAGUCAGCUGCCUUCCCAGGCUGGCUCCUCUGCAUGAUGCCUGAGGCCUACCAGCCUCUCAGACUCACCUAGCUCCUGGGAGAUGCCAGUGUGGACCCGCCCAUCACCAACUUUUACUUUCAUCAGUGUGACUAG